AUGGCUAGUGAUUUGGUUGAUAGGACCUUAGAACUGGGAAUAAAGUGGUUUAAAUGCGAGGAAUAUAAGAAGGCCAUAUCGCUAUUUUCCAAGGCAUUACACUUAGCGGGAUCGUAUACUGACGAAGAGCUAAAAGAACGGAGGGUGCUUGCUGGUCUUCCUAGGGUAUGCCUCCAUGACUCUAGUAAGUUUUAUCACCCCAGGUAUUUGACUUUGUUAGAUUGUAAAGCGGCAUGCUGGGAGAGGCUUAAUAAUUUGGAUAAAGCGUUAUUGGACGCGACCUAUAUGAUAAAGGUAGAUGCUUAUAAUCUAAAAGGGUAUAUACGGAAAGGUAAGAUUCUCCAGAAACUGGAAAGAUAUGAGGCUGCAUUGGAAGGCUACCGGGAGGGUAUUAGAAGAGUGAAAGAGCUACACGAGAAACAUUCUAUAAAGGCCCCAAAACGGCUGGUAGAGAUUGUAUAUCAUCAGGAGCAACUUGUUGUUCUUCGGUUAUCCAAAUACAAGCAACCUAAGACUGCAAUUGGGCUAAAAAGGGAGCAUAGUAUUAUGGUUAGUGAAGGAGAGCGGGCAGUAAAGAAUACCAAAAGCGAGCAGGUAGUGCGGAAACAGAAAACUGUUAGCCCAAUAGUGGAUUUCGUUGCAUUAUUUCCGUUUGAGAUUGUGAACUUGGUAAUGAGCAAUCUUUCUACUAAGGAAUUGGUUCGGUGCCUUUUAGUCUCUCGGGUUUGGUACGAGCGCCUGAAUCUUUUGCCAUGUCUGUUCAAUCAAUUCCAGUUACGUUCCAGUGAUUAUAGAAAGUUGGCCAAAUUUGUGAUGUUUAUUAAAAGACUUUCUUCUAAUAAGGCCUAUGUUUGUAGGGAACUUGAUUAUUCAUCUCUGACAAGCUCGGACGAAGAGAGGUCCUUGCAGCACUUGUUAACUAACAUAAAUAUGUCAGUACUUCAGUUGAAACUGAACUUUAAAAGGGUUCCAGCAGAAAAUAUAAUUGAACUAAUCUGCAAUAAUCAAACACUUGCUAACGAAAUUUGCAAUCUUUGUUUGGUUGCACCAAUUAACUACUAUGGCAGACUCAAUUAUUGCAAGUUUUACCAGUCUUGUGUUUCACUCAAGAACUUGGAGCUGUUUUUUGAUAUGCUUCCUUUAAAAGAAUCGGCCAUGCUUCCAGAAACUGCGUUGUCACUAUUUGAUAUUUCAGUGACAGAGUUGAACUCUUUAAAGAUAAUUGUUUCCAACCAUGGCAACUAUCAUUCUCUAUUCAUGGAUCAAUUUAGCUACUGUCCACUUGUUUUCAAGAACCUCAAAAAACUUUGUAUUACUGGAGUGGUUUGCAUACCUGAGGCUCGUAGUAGUUCAAGUUGGAUAUUGGGCUUGCGUAAUCUACGUGAUUUAUGGAUUGAGCGAAAUACAGGUAUUCGCUUUUAUGACGUGCUAAAAUGCAUGGUAUGUGCAGGUCGGCCGUUCGAGCUAGAACAUUUGGUAUUUCGUGAAUCACCGAAUGAGCCGAAUAAUCUUGGAAGUCAGAGUAUGGAUUGGGUCGAUGUUGAAAACAUGGAACGUUGCCUUGGCUCGCUUAAGACUCUGGAUUUAAUGCACACGAAGCUUAAUCCCCGUUUAUUGCUAAGCAUAUUAACCUGCGUCGAGCAUAAUAAAAUUAAGAAACUGAACCUUGGGAACUGUUUUGCGUUAUCAUUUUCCCGGGAAUUGCAUUAUCUAGAUCAGAUAUUCAAGAAUUUACCAUCUUUGGAAGAAUUGUAUAUUCCGAAUGUACUAGAAUACAGUAAUAUGGGAUUGGGAAUUCUCAGACGGAGCAUUAAAUAUAUGAAGAGUUUGAAAACCAUUGACCUUUCAUUCAAUGCCUACUUAAAGGGUUACGAGUUGAUUGACCUAUUGAAGGAAGUCAAAGAUAAAGAGUUAAUUAAUCUAGAGCACCUCAUGAUAGACGGAUGCCAGGAUUUAUCACCCCAAACUUCGGAGUAUAUCGUCAGAAAUAGAUAUGCCAGGAACGUAUCCUGCUCGUAUGAGCAAACUCAGUGGGAGCAAUUUGGUAUAAAUUCUUUCUGGUACAAGUAUAAAACUUUAUAG